CCGUCGCUCCUGGGAGCGAGGGAUGAGGAGAGAGAGACGGGGAGGGGAGGAGGCGCACAGAGAAGGGAAAACAAAUCAAGUGCCAUAAGCUCCUUGAAAUUAGCUGGCUGGGGUGUGAGGAGCGGCGAAGUGGAGAUUAAAGAGAUGUGCAACAAAAGACAGGGGGCAGAGAGGGACGGCGGCUGCAAACAAGAAGUAGUCUUUGACAGUUUGCUCUCAGCGUGCGACUCUCUCCACGCAGCCACGGGGCUGCUUUUCUUUCCUCUUUUCUUCCUUUCCUUCAUACAAAACUGAGAGAAAGCGGCACAACUGACGGGAGGCAUUGAAGAGCGCGUGGCGCCAUGGAAGUUAACUCCAGAAAGCAUCGAUUCAGGAAGGGUCGGAGCGCUACCUUCAGCAUCGACGGCUUCAACAUCACCAUAGUGGCGAAUGAAGAUGGAGACGGCUCCUCCAGACCUCAGGCCAGUUUCUCACGCUCCAAGUCUCAGAGCGCCCUGUGGAACGCCAUCACGGCGGGGAUGGGCAUGAAAGGGAAGGAGCAGAAGACCCCUCUGAACGACCCCCGCAGUCCUGAGGAGAUCCUGGCCGAGGACCUGCCCGGAGCGGACGAGCCGGACGCCACCGAGCGGAUCGCCAUCAGGCGCAAAUAUAAGAAGACUUCACAGAGAUUACGCUGCCUGGUGAAGCAGCUGGAGAGAGGAGAGGCGUCGCUGGCUGACCUGAAGAAGAACCUGGAGUAUGCCGCGUCUGUGCUGGAAUCUGUUUACAUCGAGGAGACCAGGCGCCUGGUGGACACGGAGGACGAGCUCAGCGACAUCCAGUCCGAGUCGGUGCCUUCGGAGGUCCGGGACUGGCUGGCCUCCACCUUCACCCGACAGAUGGGCCUGAUGCUGCGGCGCAACGAGGAGAAGCCGCGCUUCCGCAGCAUCGUGCACGCCGUGCAGGCCGGCAUAUUCGUGGAGAGGAUGUACCGCCGUACCUCCAACAUGGUGGGCCUCAGCUACCCGGCGUCUGUCAUAUCUGUGCUGAAGAAUGUUGACAAGUGGUCAUUCGACGUGUUCGCCCUGAACGAGGCCAGUGGAGAGCACGCCCUGAAAUUCAUUUUCUACGAGUUGCUGACCAGAUACGACCUGAUUAGCCGCUUCAAGAUCCCCAUCUCUGCUCUGGUGUCGUUCGUGGAGGCCCUGGAAGUGGGAUACAGCAAACAUAAGAACCCUUACCACAACCUGAUGCACGCUGCAGACGUCACGCAGACCGUGCACUACCUGCUGCUGAAGACGGGCAUGGUGCACUGGUUGACUGAGUUAGAGAUCUUUGCCAUGAUCUUCGCGGCCGCAGUGCACGACUACGAGCACACGGGGACCACAAACAACUUCCACAUUCAGACAAGGUCGGACACUGCCAUCCUGUACAACGACCGCUCGGUGCUGGAGAGUCACCACGUCAGCGCCGCCUAUCGCCUCCUGCAGGACGACGACGAGAUGAACAUCCUCUACAACCUGUCCAAGGACGACUGGAGAGAGCUCCGGGCUCUGGUGGUGGAGAUGGUGCUGGCCACAGACAUGUCCUGUCACUUCCAGCAAGUCAAGACCAUGAAGAACUUUCUGCAGCAGCCUGAAGGCGUGGACAAACCCAAGGCUCUGUCCCUGCUGCUGCACACCGCCGACAUCAGCCACCCGGCCAAAAGCUGGGACCUGCACCACCGCUGGACCACCUCCCUGCUGGAGGAGUUCUUCAGACAGGGGGAUAAAGAAGCAGAGCUGGGACUGCCCUUCUCUCCGCUCUGCGACCGGAAGUCCACCAUGGUGGCACAGUCUCAGAUCGGGUUCAUAGACUUCAUCGUGGUGCCCACCUUCACUGUGCUGACAGACAUGAUGGAGCGCAUCGUCACGCCGCUCAUCGACGAGGCCUCGCACUCGGGUCUGGCUGGCUUCAGACGCUCAAGUUUGAACAGUAUUAGCUCGGACGAGGCCAAGAGGCAGAGCGUGAAGAGCAGCGGGUCGGACAGCAGCUCGUCGGGACACAGCUCCCUGCUGACCGGAGACAUGAAGAACUUCAAGGCGCUGUGGAACGAAGAGGUCUAUCAGAACCGCGAGAGGUGGAAGUCCCAGGCCACUAAAGAGUCCGAGGAGCGGGCGAAGAGGGAGGCGGAGGAGCGAGCCCAGCAGGAGGCGCUGGCCCAUUCCCAGGAGGACCCGGCUGAAAGCAGCCAGGCCGAAAACAAGAAGGAGGCGCUCAGCUGCUGGCUGAACGUGUGCCUCUGCCUGUACCCGUACCCGUGCCCGUACCCGUACCCGUGCCCGUACCCGUACCCGUACCCGUGCCCGUGCCCGUGCCCGUGCCCGUACCCGUACCCGUACCCGUGCCCGUGCCCGUACCCGUGCCCGUACCCGUACCCGUACCCGUACCCGUGCCCGUACCCGUACCCGUGCCCGUGCCCGUACCCGUGCUCCUCCCACGUCUCGCCUACCAUGACGCUGAAGGAGCCGCUGGGACAGAUGUGGAGGGCCAAAGCUGAUGUGGUUCCUGUGGAGUCAGGAGCGCUCGGGGUGUGGAUCCCCACAGCAGGAGAGUGUCUGCAGCAGAUCCAGGAUCAGCAUCUGUAG